AUGGCUCCUUCAAAGUGGGACGAGGAAGAGGAGGAUGUUGCGCCUCCCGUUGUCGCCCCCCGCCGCAGAUUCGACGAUGAGGAAGAGGAUGAUGUUCUUGACUCUUGGGAUGCCGCCGAAGACUCCGAGGCAGAGCGCGAAAAGGUUAAGAAGGCCGCUGAGGCCGAGGCUAAGGCUAAGGCUGCCGCUGCCGCCAACAAGAAGACCAAGGCUCAGCGGAUAGAAGAGCACCGUGAGCAGCGGAGGCUUGAUGCCGACGACUCGGACGACUUCGACGCAGACGAGACUGAGGCUGAGCGCCGUGAUCGCCUCCGCCGUGCUGAGAAGGAUACUGAUCUCCAGCACGCUUCUGAUCUCUUCGCUGAUAUCGAUCUCAAGCGCAACCGUGGUGCUCCCAAGGCCGUUGUUGUCAGCGAUAGCACCGACCCCACCAAGUCUAUCGACCUCUCCUCCAUGCCGCUCUUCAAGCCUACUACCAAGGAUCAGUUCGCUCAACUCACGGAGGUUCUCAUUCCCCUUCUCACUCCUCACUCCAAGAAGCCACAAUACUCUCUUUGGGCUCAAGACUUCACUCGCAAACUCGUCAAGGAACUGCCCAGUGCUGAGAUGAAGAAGAUCGCCAGCGCUCUGACUACCGCUAGCAACGAGAAGAUGCGCGAGGAGAAGAAUGCUGACAAGGGUAGCAAGAAGACUAAGGCUGCCAAGACCAAGGUUUCCCUUGUUUCCUCUCGUGACGGCCAGGUCGAUAGCAGUUCCUACGAUAAUGAUGAUGGACUGGGCGAUGAUGACUUCAUGUAA